AUGUUCGCGCACAAAUAUCGACCCGUUGAUAGCGAAGAGAGAGAUCGGGAUCAGGAGAUAUACAAAAUCGACAAUGAAUGCAGUGAUAACAGAAGCCUACCGCAGAAAGCAUUUUAUAAACGCUGUAUCUCAAUGCAAUAUGUCCUGAUUCUGCUUCUUGUUCUCACCAAUAUUGCAACGUUGGCAUUCUGGAUAAAAUCCUCGGGUGCUCAGAAAUGGCCUGCAGCAUCAGUGACGAUACUCGAGCAGGACAUUGCUCGCAAUGGCAUUCCAGCCAUCCAGACUCUGGGCCCCGCCGAUAUUCCAGUGGAAAUGGAGAUGCGUGAAUUUUCCACGGGGAUCACUGAGGAUCGAAGGACCAAGUUUUUCGGGGAGCCGGAUGAAAAGACCAAUGCUGCCUGGGACUCGCUCAUGGAUGUGCGAUUGAUCCAUCUCGACAAACAACAGGCCCAAUAUGUAGGGGCGCCUACAGCUCGGCAAUACGACUCUCCUCCAGGCUCUUAUGUCGGGGUUUUGGAGGUUUUUCAUCAACUACACUGCUUGAAUCGCAUUCGAUUGGCCUUCUAUACGGAUCUCAAGGGAGAGUAUGGCGAAAACGCCGAUAUCAUUAGACGACACACUUACCACUGCUUUGACUACCUCCGCCAAUCGUUCAUGUGUCUCGCCGACGUGAACAUCGGACCGGUGGGAUGGAACGCAACCACCGAAACGUAUAUUGCAGAAGGCGAUGGAGUUCGGGAAUGUAGGCAUUUCGAUAAAAUCCACGAGUGGGCAAAGAAACAUGACGUCCCACAUGCCCCCGGGAAUAUAAAUCCUGCUCCCGAAAAUGGACAUGGGCAUGGAAUGCAUGAGUAG